AUCAUGGUGGUGUACGGACAGGAAGGAGGCUGGGAAUCAGCCGGGAGCCCCAGAUCUCUGUAGAUCUCCUGGAGAACACAACUGGGAAUAAAUGGACGGCGGGUAAGGGGAAGCUGAUCUCCGUGGGGACCUUGUUGUGAGAGAAGACCUGAAUGAUCCCCCGCUAGCUUCGUCUGUUCUCUCCUACCCUCCCUCUGCCUGCUGCAUUGGCUACUUUGUAACCACCGGGAACACUUCGGGAGCCGAUCGCAUACGCUGCCCCUGGAUCAUAAGUCUGGGAACGCGUGAGCAUUCGAGACGGUGGUUAAUCGGUGGCCCCGCGCGCACCCACACCGACGGGAGGACUGCUGCCUGCUCGCCCUGGGAGAUGGUGACAUAUGAAGUGUUUUGGAAGGACCAUGGUUGAGAGGACCAGCAAAUUUCUGCUGAUCGUGGCUGGAUCUGUGUUUUUCAUGCUGAUCUUGUACCAGUAUGUGGGGCCAGUUAUGAACUUUGGGUCACCCAGUAGAUACUACCAGGAGGAACUAGAUCUCUUCCCCACCCCAGAUCCUCACUAUGUCAAGAAGUACUUUUUCCCAGUGAGGGAUCUUGAUAGGACCCUCACCUUUGACAUGAAGGGCGACGAUGUGAUCGUGUUUCUCCACAUUCAGAAGACCGGGGGUACAACUUUUGGGAGGCAUUUAGUCCAGAACGUGAGGCUCGAAGUGCCCUGCGAUUGCAGACCUGGUCAGAAGAAGUGUACCUGCUAUAGACCCAACAGGAAGGAGACCUGGCUCUUCUCUAGGUUCUCCACUGGCUGGAGCUGUGGACUACACGCCGACUGGACGGAGCUCACCAACUGUGUCCCAGGGGUCCUGGACAAGAAGGAGACAUCAAUGAAAAUUAGAAGGAAAUUUUACUACAUCACAUUACUAAGAGAUCCCGUCUCUCGGUACCUGAGUGAGUGGAGACAUGUUCAGCGAGGUGCAACCUGGAAGACCUCGCUUCACAUGUGUGAUGGGAGGACACCUACACCCGAUGAAUUGCCCUCUUGUUAUGAAGGCACUGACUGGUCUGGGUGCACAUUGCAAGAAUUUAUGGAGUGUCCUUACAAUUUGGCAAACAAUCGGCAAGUUAGAAUGUUGGCAGACCUCAGCCUGGUGGGAUGCUACAAUAUGUCUUUUAUCCAAGAGAAAAAGCGAGCUCAGGUCCUUCUGGAGAGUGCCAAGAAAAACUUAAAGGAUAUGGCCUUUUUUGGUCUCACAGAGUUCCAGAGAAAAACUCAGUAUCUUUUUGAGCGGACUUUCCACCUCAAAUUCAUAAGACCUUUCAUGCAAUACAACAACACCAGGGCUGGUGGGGUUGACUUGGACAAUGGCACUAUCCAAAGGAUUGAGGAGCUUAAUGAUUUGGACAUGCAACUGUACGACUAUGCAAAGGAUCUUUUCCAACAGCGCUACCAAUUUAAAAGGCAAAUGGAAAGAAUGGAGCAACGGAAGAAAAAUCGCGAGGAAAGACUUCUUCAACGGUCCAAUGAGGCAUUUGCCAAAGAAGAGGCAGAGGACCAAGUGCGUUGGCCAACAGAAGACUACAUGAGCCAUAUUAUAGAGAAGUGGUGAAGCAAGAUGGACUUUUAUACUACUUUGGGAAACUGUGUUCACGUUUGUUUUUCUGUAUUAUAUACAAAAAUGAAAUUUGACUUUUUUUAUUUAAAGUUUGUAGCGCAGAGCUUUUAGUAACUUCAUUCUUAAGUAGGAUGAAAAGCUCUUAUGUAAGAUAGCGAGAAAGGGAUUACAAACUUUACUGUGUAGAAUGUUUUUGGCCUUCUUGAGUCAAUGAGGGAUAUAAACUAGUGACAGUGGUAUGCUUAAUAAUUAAAAACGACUAUACAUUCUAUAGCAACACACGCCUAGAAUAAAAUUUUCACAUAAA